CAGGAGGUUCUCCAGACGAUACCAAAGUUCUGCUUUCCCUUUGACGUGGAAAGGAUUUCCCAGAGCCAGGUGGGGCAGAAUUUCACCUUUGUGCUCACAGACAUCGACAGUAAACAGAGGUUUGGUUUCUGUCGACUCACCCAAGGCUGCCGGGUCUGCAUAUGUCUCCUCAGCUAUCUUCCAUGGUUUGAAAUCUACUACAAGCUGCUUAAUACCCUGGCAGACUACCUAACUAAACAACAGGAAAAUGACUUGAACGACAUGCUGAAUUCGCUCUACGACCUGCCUGUGCCAAAGCCCUACACGCCAGUCAACCUGAGUGUGAAUGAGCAGUUGUAUAUUGCCACUGGGCAAGUACUGAGAGAUCGGCGAAGCAAGGAGCCGCACUCCUACUUCAUCGCCCCGGAUAUCAAUGGACUGCCAACUAUCCCUGAGAGUCGGAACCUGACAGAGUACUUUGUGGCUGUGGACAUCAACAACAUGCUCCAACUCUACGCCAGCAUGCUGCACGAACGGCGCAUCAUCAUUACCUCAAGCAAGCUUAGCACUUUAACUGCAUGUGUCCAUGGUGCAGCAGCUUUGCUCUACCCUAUGUACUGGCAGCACAUCUUCAUCCCUGUGCUGCCCCCGCAUCUUCUGGACUACUGCUGUGCCCCCAUGCCAUAUUUUGUGGGAGUUCAUCUUAGCCUGCUCGAGCGAGUACGCAGUCGAUCACUGGAGGAUGUCGUUAUUCUGAACGUGGACACCAACACGCUGGAGAGCCCCUUUGAUGACCUGCAUAACCUGCCCAGUGACGUGGUUUCCUCUCUGAAGAGCAAGCUGAAGAAGCAGUCCACAGCAACAGGAAGCGGUGUGGCCAGGGCUUUCCUGAGAGCGCAGGCCGCUCUGUUUGGAUCCUACCGAGACGCCCUCAGAUAUAAGCCUGGAGAGCCAAUCACCUUCUGUGAAGAGAGCUUUGUGAACCAUCGCUCAAGCACCAUGAAGAACUUCCUGUCCAUGGCUGUCAACCUGCAGCUCUUUAAACAGUUCAUCGACGGACGGCUGGCCAAAUUGAACGCAGGCCGCGGCUUCACCGACGCGUUUGAAGAAGAAAUCACAGAGGGGGGCUUCUGUGGAAGUAAUUCAAAGUCCUACCAGCAAUGGAUGCACACUGUGAAGAGAGGUGGAGCAUUUUUCAACACGGCUGUGACAAAGGCCAAGCAUCAGGCCAAGAGGGGCAUUCGGGACAUUAAGGACAGACUUAAAGCAAAGGAAGAAGAAGAAGAAGGGGUGAAUGUAUGUGCAGGGUCUCCCACCAGCACCAAGAGCCUGUCUCCUAGGAGACUGCGAAAGAUGAGACAGGUUGGAAGCAAAAGAAUGACAGCUGUUAAGAGCACAGAGGAGAGCACAGGUCGGGACAGUGUUAUGGACAAUGACAGCCAGCCGGCUUGUGGCCGGGCUCAGCCCCAGGCUCCGGACUCUCACCUGCAUAACUUCAACAAGUCUCCCAUGAGCACGGGCCCUCAAGAACUUGGCUACGGGCUCGAUGAUGAUGAGCUGGACACUGCAAGCAAGAUCUCCUCUGAGGACAGUGGAGAUGUUCCCUCUUACACCGAGGACAGCGACGACUCCUGCUCCCUGGAGCUGGACUUGGACUCCUCACGAACGGGCCAGAUGAACCUGUUAGAGGAAAUCCUGGAUUCCCUGACCACCACAACAAUCGAGCAGGGAAAACUCAGCGGGGCCAAGAGCCUGGACUUCUUCCGGUCCAUGGACGAGUUGGACUACAAGGCCCCGACGAAGCCGGCGCCUUGCAGUGAGUCCAUGUCCGGAGGUGAGAGGAGCGGUGGUGCAGGAGGGGAUCCGGGCGGGUGGAACAUGGGCCAGGAUGACAGCGCCAUCCACGGAAAACACCUUCCUCCAUCCCCACGCAGACAGCCCAACAAGAGCAGCCUGAAGGGGUCAAAAAACCUUCCAACAGCUCCAGCACCGCCCGCCGUCCCGGCUGUGGCCACUCCGCUCCCCGACCCUCACCCUCCUCCGCCCGACUCGCCCCCGCGGGCCUCCGCUCUCUCGCACACGUACAGUUCACGCAGUCACCCCAAUCCGAGUUCGUCUCUCGCACCAGCGGGCCGGUCGCGGACCAUCUCCGACCCCCAGAGCGGCUCGGAGCCCCCUCAGGCCCAGAACCUGCCCGCGUCCACCGGCAUCCUCAGGAGGAAGGUGCUGUCCAAAGAGACGGUGAAGAAUUACCAAGAGAAGUCCCUCCUGAGGCAGGGCAGCAGGGGUCAGCACGAGGCGCUCCGGAGCACCUCCAGGAACAGCCACGCCGCCGUGCAGGUCCCCUGGGAAAAAGAGGUGUCCAAGGAGGGCCUCCUGGGGCUCGGCCUCUGUCUGGGUCAGGGGAAAGUCUCAGGGGCAGCCGCGGGGCAGGAUCCCGGCCUUCUGGAGGAGAUAGAGUCCAUGUGUUGCCUGGGCUCUGUCCUCCACAGCAGCCUACAGCUCCCUCAAGUGAACUGCAACAGCGGUCACCACCAGGUCCAGGGCAAAGCCACAGACGAGUCCUGAUCAUCAAGGAAGUCUGGAAAGUGCCACAGGAUUU